CCAGUUACCGCCCGUCCCGGGCUGAGAUUGACGCGCGUAAGGGUGUUACUAAAAUAAAUCGAUAAAUGGAUUAAUUUAUGUCCGUUAUUUCUAUUACAUGUAAAAUAUAUUAUUAUAAAUGCGAUACACAGUGUUGAAACGUUGCAAACUACGGACUAUCGCGCGAAAUUUCUCGAGUUAUUAUGUUGUGUAAUUAAUUUCGUAUUAAAUUGUGUGAUUUUACUGUUGAAGUGUUCUUUGGUUUUUAAAGAUAACCUCCUUGUGCCUCGAAGCGCGCGAAUGUCAACCGUCAAAGUGUCAAUGAGCCAUAGACAAAAUGUGUCAUAGAUUAAAAUAGAUUUAAAGGGGUAGCAAGAAGCUUUCUAUAAUGGCUACGCCUCCAGAGUCACCCGUGGAAGAGCAUGCUUAUGAAUUGGAACCGAACCGACCACCGAAGCCAAUACCAGUGGCGUUAGAAGAAUUAUGUAGACAGACUAAGUUCUCAAAACAAGAAAUUAGAGUUAUGUAUAGAGGAUUCAAGACGGAAUGUCCUGAGGGCGUGGUGCACGAAGAAUCGUUUAAGGAUAUUUACGCGAAAUUCUUUCCACAUGGCAAUUCUGCGCUCUACGCCCAUUAUGUUUUCAAGGCAUUUGAUGUCAACUGCAGUGGUGCUAUAAGCUUCCGGGAACUCCUAGUAACUCUAUCGACGCUGCUACGUGGUUCGGUAUAUGAGCGACUCCGAUGGGCAUUUCGCCUCUAUGAUGUGGAUGGUGAUGGAGCUAUCACGCGUCAAGAGCUAAGCGAAGUGGUGGUUGCUGUUCACGAGUUGUUGGGCCGCCGGGCGCCACCUGGAUCACCGGCUUCGAGGAUAGAUGACGCUAAAGCUGCUGAACAGGUCGACCGCGUGUUCAGAAAGCUAGACCUGAACCAGGAUGGAGUCAUCACCAUCGAGGAGUUCUUAGAGUCGUGUCUGAAGGAUGACGUCAUCACUCGGUCGCUACAGAUGUUUGACACGGGGCUAUGACGUCAAAGUGACACACCGCCGCCUAACACUAGCAGAUUAGUACGUCACUGCGAGUGCAAGCAUGGUUGGCUUCACAACAUGGCGGCCGCAUACCGUCUACGCAUCACACAGUACGCGCAGUACAUCGCUACAAUAGAACGCUUCUAUGUUCGUGUUCUACGUCCAAACAUUCGUUCUGUACUCGUUUUACACUUCUAGAUUUGUCUAUGCUCUUGUCACCACAGAUUAAUACAACUUAUGAUUUCAUUGUUUUUGUCGAUUUAUGAUUUGUAACUAGGAUUGAGUUUAUUUAAAAAAAUAGAAUGUUUCAAAGUAGAUUGGUUCACUUUACAUAAUAUUGUUAUAUACUUAUCGAAACGCCUUAUCAGCGCAUUUAUGACAAAUGACAUAAUUGUUUAUAUAUCGUGUAGAGAUCGUUCGGAAAUGAAAAAAAGUAAUUUUCGGGCUCCAUCAGAGAUAGUAAUGCUGAUGAUUACUGUAUAAAUAGUAAAAGCUGAAAAUCAUACCACACCAACAAUAAACGCAUCCUAAUUAAUCAAAUCAUAGCAACUACGAAGCCCACACACAAUCGAACUUUAUCUGCGUUGGCUCUUAGUAAAUAAUAUAAUUUACAAACACAUAAUAUUUAUAUAUAGGACCCCAAUAGCUUAUCAAUCCGUCUUUCGCAGUCUGUGGCUGAGAAGUCAGAAGGCAGCAAGCGUCCUCUUUCGUAGAAAGGGACAUUUAUAGUAGAUCUGGUUGGCGUUUCCCGCCAAGCGACUACUCCGGGAAAUUUCCUCAUGAUAGCGAAAUGGAGAUCGCUAACAUACUAUUAAAUCAUAAAUUAAUAUUUCCCUAAGUAAGUUAAAAUAUACAUCAAGCGAGUGUCAUUAACAGUUGUAUGAUGUUGUCUGUGCGUAUUGCCAAAUUAUUGCCUUGUAAAAUUUUUGAUGAACACCGUAAUUUUAAAAUGUUCUGAAAUCUUGCGAAUAACUUGGUCGUUGUUAUUUGUAAUAUAUAGUAAUUAUAAGAAUUAGGAUGUUCGUUGUAUGUGGAGUUUUCUGAAUAAUAAAAACGUUCACAGACCGGUAUUUUUAGAUUAGUACAUGAGUUGACUUGUCAAAAAAUUUCGCGCGUUAUUUUGCGAUAGACAACGUUAUGAUAGUCUGUGUUAGUGAAUUUAAAAUUAAAUCAUACCCGUUUACAUUCAAGCAUUGGUUUUAUAAAAAAUGUAAAUUAUAAAUCAACAUUGCUGGCAUUCGAAGCGUAUUUUAGAAUAGUCCUUGUUUAAUUCCGAGAAACAGGGUAUUUUUUUGAAUAUUGUCCAAUUAAAAUUUGUAUGCGUUUUCAAAUUUUCCGACUGUCAGCUUACAUCCGACCUACCUCAGUGUCACCUAUUUAAACUUGAUUCCUACAUUCAUUACCGCUAAGACGCUAAAACUACAAAAAAAUAACUAUAAAGAAAAGAGUAAUGAACCACAAACAAUUGUAAAGCGAGUCACGUGAUUUAAAAAAAAAGAAAAAUCUGUUCCGUGUAAUAAAUGAUCACAGAUAAUUUUGGUAAUAUGAUAAAGAUUGUCUGCCAUCUCAUUAAACUUUAUCUCUUUUCAUCACAUUGUAAACACAAUUGGAUAGUAAGAGAAGAAAGAACACUUUAGCUACUAUGGAAUCAGGCUGGUUCAUGUUUCAUCUAAUACGGUAAUAUGGAUUUAAAAUACUUAUAAACAAAUUAUAUUAUAGCCCCAAUGCCACUAUUAGAAAUGAUAUAUUAAUUUAAAUGCAAAAAUUUAUAAGUAUUUAUUGGACGACGAAAUCACUGGAUCAGAUAUGUUUGUGGCACUUUUUUGGACUAUAAAUAUGUUAUAUUUCCUCGAUACAAUGUUAUGUUUUAAAGUUAUAUCUACUAAAUUUAUGUUCCUGUAAGUUAAGCUAUUUUUGUAGAAUUUCGUUGAUAUUUCUGCAAAGUUUAUUGUAGUUUUGUAAGCAUUUGAGUGAGAUACAUACAUAGAUUAGGGUGAGAGACAGAAACGAGACUUGGCGCGAACAACUCACGUAUCUGACACACACGUAUAUGACAUACGUAAGUAUGACACCAAAACUGUGGUCAAAAUGACUUGGGGUACAUGUUCAGUCUCAUUUCUGACUGUCCCCCUAAAGCCUAAAGCUUAAUUUCCAUAACACUUGUCAAGUUUACAACUACUUGAGCACUGUCAAAAUGUUAACAUGGCGAGUGAUGGACAGAUUCAACUUGAGAAUAAAAAGGCGGUUGUAGUUUCGACAGAUAAAGUAUGUUAAUAUAUGACACAAUGUUAUUUGACAGUUUGACGUCAGAAUCGUCUUAAAAUAUAAAGGAGGUUGUAAUUUCUAGUGUCUGAGAUUUCUUUUUCAAUUCUGCCAAUGAAAUCAAUGCGUGUGCGUGUUCCAAAACAUAUCUUGUGUUAAUAUUCGUAAAUGCAAUUAUUAUCAUAUCAUAAUUAUAAGUUUAUUUAUUUUAAGAUUUCUCUUUAGUCGCUCCUCUAGCAAUAAACGACAAUUUUAGAUUAGUCAAAUGUACAAUAAUUUUACGUAUAAUAAGGCGUGUAAUUUUUUAUAUUAGAUUAUAACGCCAAUUUAAAAAUUAAUCAAUACGUAAACAUUUUGGAAUGGUAAGGAGGUAAAGUUGGCGCGAAUCUACGCAGACAUCUGUGACAUCUGUCAAAGAUGCUAACAGUACACAGAUUCAGCCAAUACUUUUGGAUAGGUGUGAUUUUAGUCUACUAACGUGAUAAGAAUUGAGAAUGACAAGACGCUUUUUCUUGUUUACGAUUUGACCGGAUAGAUGGCGCGUCGCGUAGACUAGCAUCAAAACUGCGCGAACCUCCGAUUACAGUUCUUCAAUCUCAUUACACAAAUUACACGUUUUAUAUUGAAAUCUUUUGAUUAGAAAUAUUUAGUAAACAUGUUUUUUAGCUUUUGCUUUAGGUACCAGACCUUAAAAUUAAGACUGAGAAAGAAGUAUCUAAAUUCUCGGUUUUUAGUGACCUCUAGGCCUAGUGAUGUCUAGCGUUAGUUUCUUGUUACACUUUAAAAUAUAAUGUUCAAAAAUAGUAUUUGAAAAAUAAAUUUAGAGUCCAUUUCCCCGCUUAAAACACCAGAUUACGUUGGUUAAUCAGAUGUUUAUUGUUAUUACGAAAUUAUAUUUAUACAUGUCUACACAAGGUUUUGCGCUCGCUGCAAAAAAUCAUAAACACAAUAGAAAAGGGGAAUAGUGUAGUUAAUAAUAUAUAUAUAUAGUUUAUGUAUUGUAAAGAAAAUAUUACACAUCGUUUUGUUAUUCAUAUGAAAAGUGGUGUGGAAAUAAGGUCAAUUUUAUAAAUACUGGCUACCUUUAAAAAAAAAUUUGCAGCUGUCAAUGUCAUAGGUAAAUGUUUCCUAAGCUGUGGACGGUAUCAAAGUAAUAAACUUUAAUUAUGUAAUGAAUAGGUUAAAUAUUUACAUAUUUUGGUAUUUAUAUUAAUAUUGCUAAUAUUUUGUGAUCUUUUUUUAGUUCAUACGUUUAUUUUCCCGCCAUUUUUUAUGUGAAAAUAAUUUAGACUUUAAAGUAAAAUAUUUGACGAGCUCCUUGUUAUAUAAAAUAAGAAUUCUUACUAUUGCUAUUUUAAUAAGUUAAAUAAAUCCGAAUUAACAAAUAAUAAUUAAUAAUAAACGUCCACCAAAUUGUAAAUGCUUUACAGCAAUUAUUAUAAUAAUAAACAAUUUAAAAUGUCAUGAUAAACUAUGUAUUCGAAGCGAUAUUAAGAAUUCUUUAAGGUAUAAAUUUAUAAUUAUUGUAAAUAUUGUGUCGCUGUGUUAAUUGAACACGUCCACGUUAAAUAUAGUAAAAAAUUUCUUCAUGUU